GUAGAGAUGUCUUCCUAACCGGAGAUGAGGAGCAGGAGGACAGGUCUUUGUCAUUCCAAAUGAGGCCCAGGAAAAUCUCAUAGAACUCUUGGAAUCUUUGAGUAUUUUUGGAAUGACUUUGGAAUCUUCAGGAAGACUAAGAUAUUCUAAGGACUGAAACUCUCUACUUCCAUUCCAUUUUUUGAGUCAUUUAGCCAUUUUCAACAUGUGAACAGGAAUUUAGUUAGCUUUUUAUCAUUGGUAGACAUCUAGCACUAUACUUUCUAGCUAUCCCACUACUUUAUGUGUAGUGCUUCGGUCAGGUACUUGGUGGAGCAUUUCUUACUUGUUGAUUUCUCUGUGAACGUGAAUGAUGCUCAGUCCAAAGAGAGGCUUGUAGAGACAUGACAAAGCAAUUCAAAUGUGUCUGAUGAGACUUCGGUCUGAACUGGUUUAACGCCUUGUUGACAUAGUUCAGAACAAAGUCUCAUCAGAUAUAUUUUAUUAGUAUUGACUAUCAAGGGUCAAGACUUCCACAGGUCCUAGUAGUUCUACAUUCUAUGUGUGGAAUGUUGCAACUUCUGCUGUGACUGUGAGGCGCUGGAAGGUCGUGCAGACAUAAUCACCCAUUUACUGUAUAGACAGAUUAGAUUAGGGGGUCUGUUUGUACAGUACAGUGUACAAAGGCAGAUUAUGCAAACAGUCAGUCAAAGUUGAAAGGUAAUUUGUAACACGUUUACCGUUGGCAGUGCCACAUGCGUUUGGGCCUGUUUGUGUCUGCACCCGUGCUCAGUAGUGAUGCGCGGGUCAGCAGUUUGUUCACCUGCAAUUGCUAAUAAUCCAUCCGCAACCGCACGACUAUAUGUGAUAAAGUGAAAAUGUCAGACCCUCACCUGACCCUAAACCACUAAUAUAGAAAAUACACUGUACAGUCAGAGAUGGACCAAAAUAUUUUUUGAAAUGCUGUUUUUUAGAAAGGCCUAUUACUGUUUCAUUUCAAACAUUUUGUUAGGUUAUUUUCAACUGGUCUAUAAUUAGACACAUGCAGCUUCUCUUUGGUCAUUAUACUGUAUGUUGCCCUAGAAGACUAAAUAAACUCACCAGAAUAAUAACGUACGUCGUUAUAAUGAGUGUUUCAAUCUAGUUCGCAUUGGUAAAGCUUGUUUUCUUUCCUAAAGCCACUUGCCCCGUGGAUAUAACCGUAUCACUAGUGCUCAGCUCUGAACAUUCCACAUGGCAUGUCAUGGUCCUGUGUCAUCCCAGGCAUGUAAUGGUCCUGUGUCAUCCCAGGCAUGUAAUGGUCCUGUGUGAUCCCAGGCAUAUAAUGGUCCUGUGUGAUCCCAGGCAUAUAAUGGUCCUGUGUGAUCCCAGGCAUAUAAUGGUCCUGUGUGAUCCCAGGCAUAUAAUGGUCCUGUGUGAUCCCAGGCAUAUAAUGGUCCUGUGUGGUCCCAGGCAUAUAAUGGUCCUGUGUGAUCCCAGGCAUAUAAUGGUCCUGUGUGGUCCCAGGCAUAUAAUGGUCCUGUGUGAUCCCAGGCAUAUAAUGGUCCUGUGUGAUCCCAGGCAUAUAAUGGUCCUGUGUGAUCCCAGGCAUAUAAUGGUCCUGUGUGAUCCCAGGCAUAUAAUGGUCCUGUGUGGUCCCAGGUAUGUCAUGGUCCUGUGUGAUCCCAGGCAUAUAAUGGUCCUGUGUGAUCCCAGGCAUAUAAUGGUCCUGUGUGGUCCCAGGCAUAUAAUGGUCCUGUGUGAUCCCAGGCAUAUAAUGGUCCUGUGUGAUCCCAGGCAUAUAAUGGUCCUGUGUGGUCCCAGGCAUAUAAUGGUCCUGUGUGGUCCCAGGCAUAUAAUGGUCCUGUGUGGUCCCAGGCAUAUAAUGGUCCUGUGUGAUCCCAGGCAUAUAAUGGUCCUGUGUGAUCCCAGGCAUAUAAUGGUCCUGUGUGGUCCCAGGUAUGUCAUGGUCCUGUGUGGUCCCAGGCAUAUAAUGGUCCUGUGUGGUCCCAGGUAUGUCAUGGUCCUGUGUGAUCCCAGGCAUAUAAUGGUCCUGUGUGAUCCCAGGCAUAUAAUGGUCCUGUGUCAUCCCAGGCAUGUAAUGGUCCUGUGUGGUCCCAGGUAUGUCAUGGUCCUGUGUGAUCCCAGGCAUGUAAUGGUCCUGUGUGAUCCCAGGCAUGUAAUGGUCCUGUGUGGUCCCAGGCAUGUAAUGGUCCUGUGUGGUCCCAGGCAUGUCAUGGUUCUGUGUCAUCCCAGGCAUAUAAUGGUCCUGUGUGAUCCCAGGCAUGUCAUGGUCCUGUGUGAAUUAACUGUGGACUGAUGUUAAUCGCAACCUUCUCAUGGUCCUGAGUGAACCGUCAUUCUCCAUCUUUCUCUCCCUCCACUCACAUGGAAUAUACCACUCUCCUUACUGCCCCCUGUUGGUAGCUUGCAGUUACUGCUGGAACUAAAAUAUUUUACUGUUUGGUUGAGCUGAGGGCUCCCUCUCAUGUGUUUGGUAGGGCUGAGGGCUCCCUCUCAUGUGUUUGGUAGGGCUGAGGGCUCCCUCUCAUGUGUUUGGUAGGGCUGAGGGCUCCCUCAUGUGUUUGGUUGAAGGCUGAGGGCUCCCUCUCAUGUGUUUGGUAGGGCUGAGGGCUCCCUCUCAUGUGUUUGGUUGAAGGCUGAGGGCUCCCUCUCAUGUGUUUGGUUGAAGGCUGAGGGCUCCCUCUCAUGUGUUUGGUUGAAGGCUGAGGGCUCCCUCUCAUGUGUUUGGUUGAAGGCUGAGGGCUCCCUCUCAUGUGUUUGGUUGAAGGCUGAGGGCUCCCUCUCAUGUGUUUGGUUGAAGGCUGAGGGCUCCCUCUCAUGUGUUUGGUUGAAGGCUGAGGGCUCCCUCUCAUGUGCUUGGUAGGGCUGAGGGCUCCCUCAUGUGUUUGGUUGAAGGCUGAGGGCUCCCUCUCAUGUGUUUGGUAGGGCUGAGGGCUCCCUCUCUCAUGUGUUUGGUAGGGCUGAGGGCUCCCUCAUAUUUUUGGUUGAAGGCUGAGGGCUCCCUCAUUUUUUGGUUGAAGGCUGAGGGCUCCCUCAUUUUUUGGUUGAAGGCUGAGGGCUCCCUCAUAUUUUUGGUUGAAGGCUGAGGGCUCCCUCUCAUGUGUUCGGUAGGGCUGAGGGCUCCCUCUCAUGUGUUUGGUAGGGCUGAGGGCUCCCUCUCAUGUGUUUGGUAGGGCUGAGGGCUCCCUCUCAUGUGUUUGGUAGGGCUGAGGGCUCCCUCAUGUGUUUGGUUGAAGGCUGAGGGCUCCCUCUCAUGUGUUUGGUUGAAGGCUGAGGGCUCCCUCUCAUGUGUUUGGUUGAAGGCUGAGGGCUCCCUCUCAUGUGUUUGGUUGAAGGCUGAGGGCUCCCUCUCAUGUGUUUGGUUGAAGGCUGAGGGCUCCCUCAUGUGUUUGGUUGAAGGCUGAGGGCUCCCUCUCAUGUGUUUGGUUGAAGGCUGAGGGCUCCCUCUCAUGUCUGUUGAGGGUUACUACAGAGGAAGAUUAACCAGUAGAAUGAGGACAGUCAGUGUGGUCAAAUAAAAUUUGCUGUUCUUGUUUUUAUGCAAAUAAAUAAACAAUGGACCUCAGAAGCGUAUACUCUGGACUCUCAUUUCUAAACUAUGAAACCUCAGAAAUGUGUUCAUAGUAAGUACGCCUUUCCAUUUUAUAUCCUUUUAUUUCCUUCCCUCAAAAUAAAAAAAAACUUGUUUACUCCCCUAACAUUUUUCCUGCUGACUUUCAUAGUAUUUUUAUCAGCUAGAACCACACCAUCCAUCCUCUAACACUGUAUAAAUGUG